AGAAAAACACACAGAACACUCCCAGCGUCCGAACAUACCGGACGUCUGCUGGAUAAACAAUAAUACAAAAUACCGUUUAGUGCGCUAGUUUGAGAAAAAAUGGCAUACAAAAUAAACUUUAUUUUAUUAACGUUCACAAGUUUACGCUUUGUACAAGGGCAAUCAUGUUUCACUCCCAGCGGUGGAAUAGGGCAAUGCAAAUCUAUAUUGAACUGCGCGCCUCUAGUCACAGUAAUAAACAAAAAGGAGAGAACACAACAAGACAUAGAUCUGUUGAGGAAGUCACAGUGCGGCUUUGAGGGGCAGACACCAAAGGUAUGCUGUCCAGAGCACUGUUACACACCUAAUAGUGAACCUGGGAAAUGCGUUGGUAUAUAUUCGUGUCCACACUUAGCGGCUAUGCUCAAACUACCAUCAUCUAAGCAAAACAUCCAACACGUACGGAAUUCCAAAUGCGAUGGUCCAGAACAAUACAGCGUGUGUUGUGGUACUCCCAGUGAGGAACCACAAGUUGGAAAUUGCGAGAACAGAGUGAACGCGUUCCCGCCAGAUCCAUUAACUGAGUGCUGUGGAGUUGACAGUGGAACCGGAAAUAAAAUUAGUGGUGGAACAGCUACAGCUAUCGAUCAGUACCCGUGGCUGACACUUAUCGAAUACACAAAAAAUAGUGUCAUCAAAACAUUGUGUGGUGGAGCCCUCAUUAGUUCCAGAUAUGUAUUGACGGCUGGUCAUUGCGUCGUAGGUAUUAUUCUAAAUUCAGGGACUCCUAAGAACAUCCGUUUAGGAGAAUAUGACACAAGUAACAAUGGAAGCGAUUGUGUGGCGACAGAAGGCGGCGGCGAGGACUGUUCCGAUCCUCCGGUUACCAUUCCUAUUGAAAGAUCCAUCCCGCAUCCUCAGUAUGACCCCACUACCCGGAAGAAUGACAUCGCUUUGAUCAGGAUGAGGCAAAACGCACCUUUCACAGAUUUCAUUCGGCCCAUUUGCCUUCCAACAAGGGACAUUACAUUAACCCCUCCACCGAACUUCAGACUAUUUGUGGCGGGUUGGGGGGCAGUUAACGAAACCAUCAAGAAAAGCAAUAUUAAACUGCACGUGUCUGUUCCAUUCGUCCACAGUAAGGAGUGUGUAUCGAUAUACAGUUCUCAGAAGGAAAACGUUUCCUUAUGGAACAAACAGUUGUGUGCAGGCGGUGAAACGGAUAGAGACUCCUGCAAAGGAGACUCUGGAGGUCCCCUUAUGUACGAGAACGGAAGGAUUUACGAAUUCAUCGGGGUCGUCAGCUUCGGUCCGGAUCCUUGUGGAGCUGAGAAUAUUCCAGGGGUGUAUACCAAAGUAUAUGAAUAUAACACUUGGAUCCGUAGUACAAUAAGACCUUAAAAUAUAAAGCUUUAUUAAAUUAAGCACGAAAGACAUGAUGAUAUAUUAAAAUCAAAAGAUAGGUAUAAUUUGAUGUCAGUGGUACACAAAUGGGUUGAAAUAUAAUAAAAGUGCUUAUUGAAGUGCUCAAACUAUAAAGACUAAAUUUAAUCCGUCUAUAUUAUGUUAUAUAUGUGAAGUAUUUUAAAUUUAUUUCUUCUUAAUGUUAUGAAUUUAUUAAUGCGACCCCUUCCUAAUCUGCAUGUAUUUUAUUUCAUUACAAACAUCAAAUCCGUACAUUUCGUUAAUUUGUGUUAGCCUAGCUACAAAAAAUGUUCUUUGUUAAACAUUUUCUUAAUAAAAAUAUCUUUGUUAUUUGAUUUUAUUUAAA